AUGAUGGUGGCAGGUAGACGUCUAAGAGUCGAGCACCAGGCUACGAACGCAGACUACAAGGUAAAGAUAAAGGGCAUGCAUCUGGACAGAGGCCACCUAUUCCCAUGUUCGUAUGCUGAUGAUGAUACCAUGAGGUCCACUUUCACCCUGACAAACGCCGUUCCACAGGAAAGAGGCUUCAACCGAGGCAGAUGGAGUCAAAUUGAGUGCAAAGUCAGAGAAUAUCUUGUGAAGAACUGUAAGGAAGCUGAAGACCAGAUUAAAGCCUAUGUGGUGACUGGAGCAGUGCCCAGCAACAACAAACUGAACAAACGAGUGAACAUCCCGGAUCUCCUGUGGACAGCCUACUGCUGUAAAAACAAACUGGGACAGUGGGUGGCCGGAGCAUACUGGGGGAAGAACGUAAAGGGGGAAACAGUGAAUUCGAAUACCUUGGGAGAACUAGAAAAAGAAUUGACGAAUUUCUACAAGGACUUCAAGGUAUUCCCAUAUUAUUGCCCAAGAAAAGCUAUUCAAAGUGUAGAACAGGAUGAGACAGGGAGGAACAGAGAGAGAGUAUUAGAGGGUGGGGCGGGGCAAAAGAGGAGCGGGAAAGGGAGCAGAGAGAGGAGCAUGAAGAUGGCGAGAAGAACAGGGGAUGAGUUAAAGGAAUGUGAUGAGGAGGAUGGAUGUGAUUGUGACUGUGAUGAAAAAUUAUGAGUUUUGUCCAGUGGUAAUUCCCACAACUAUUGA